CGGAUAUACUGGACAGUGAACGUUUCGCGCGUUUUCCAGAUUUACAAUAGUUUCCUUGAGAAAUUCGAAGUUGUGAACCUGAAAUGCGGUGGAUUCCUCUUGAAGCCAAUCCAAAGGUGAUGAAUGAGGUACAAAUCAUUUCUCAGUUUCAUUCAGCUCCUCUUUAAUGCUGCAGUACAUGAAUAAUCUUGGAGUUGUUGAAGGAUUAUGGAAAUUUGUGGAUGUAUUUAGUCUGGAUGAUGAUAUGCUUGCAUUUAUACCGGAACCAGUGAUAAGCCUGUUGUUCUUAUAUCCCCUAGAAACACCCAUUGAAAACGCCUCUCUAGGGGUUGAGGACAAUUCAUCAAAAGUUAUUUUAAUCAAACAAACAGUAGGUAAUGCCUGUGGAACUAUAGCUAUAUUAAAUGCUAUAGCUAAUAAUCGACAAAAUCUCAGUAUCAAAGACGGUUCGUUUUUAAGCAACUCUUUAGAUAGAUUCGAAGAUAUGACGCCUGCUGAACGUGGUGCUGUUGUGGAAACUAAAAAGGAUCUUUCUGUACUACAUGAAAAAUCAGCUUUAGAAGGACAGACAAAUGUUUGCACCUAUCGCGGAAUCAAAAACAAACUUGCAUUUUGUGUGUUUUGUCGAACAUGGGGACUGUUUGUACGAACUAGAUGGUCGAAAAAAUGCACCUAUACGUCAUGGAUCAAUUACAUCAGCUGGUUUUCUACGAGAUGCAUGUAAUGUAGUGAAGAAAUUCAUCAAAUCUUUACCUGACAGUGUUGAAUUCAGUCUGAUGGCAUUAUGCCCUGAUAACAACUGAAUUAUGUUUCUCGCUGUAUUAUUUUUCUACAUUAUACUCUCCUUUUUAUAUGGUUUAUACGAAAGAAAUACAUGACUAAUGUUGGUGU